UUUUGUUUGUUUACCAACAUUUUCCAAAACACGUGCGUCGCCGACAUCCAUCGUGUUGUACGUAAAAUCUCGGAGUGUUCAAUUUUUUGAAUUGGUUUAGUGUAGGUCUAUUAUUGCUAUUAUUCAUUGUCCAUUGAAACAAUGGAAGGUCCCGAAGGUAAAACAAUAGAUACGGUUGAUAAAACAGAGAAGAUAACUGCAUGCGAUGGAGUGGGCAAUGCGUCUGAAACCUUGCAUGUUGGAAAGGAAGCAGUAUCAGAUUCGAUAGAACCAUCUGAAAAAGAUAAAACUACUAUUCCAAUUGUCGAAGCGCAGAAUUCUGCUGUAGAAUCUGAAAAGCCAACAACAGUCGAAGAAUCCACAGUAGCAGAAAUAGUGCCUAGUGGACAGGAUAACUCGCCAACCGUUGCAACCGAAAUCCGUAGCAACUUAGCCGAAAUGAAGACUGUAGAAAACGUCGAGUCGUGCGAAGAAGCUUCUUCUCUUCAGGAUGAGCCGGACACGGAAAUGAAUUCAGUAGAGGAGCGUGGUGAACAUCUAACCGAUUCCAAUCAAAUUGAUGACAAUAAUCCCUCAGUUGACGCCGAACAGAUCGUAUCCAGCGAAAAUGCAGGAUCAGUUGCUCAAAUUAUCAAGGACGAGCCAACAGAUGCAGAGAUGGAGUCAGCAGAGGACUUUACAAGGAAACAAUCAGAUUUCCCCACGGUUCCGAGGAUCAACAUAAAACAAGAAGUGCCAACUUCCAUCCACGAACAAGUCGCUGCCGAAAGGGCACUGGAGUCGAAGGCUGUGCUGCAGAUUAAUAGUAGUUCAUUGUCUCUACUGAGUCAGUACAUCAGUUCGGAUUCGGAAUCGAACAUUACCGAUUCAGAUGAAGAAGAAACAAGAAAUGGCACUAACGCUGGCAACAAACGGAAGGUAUCAUCGAGUUCUUCGGAAGACGAAGUUGAAAUUAUUCCCAACACUGAGAGCUACCGCACACAUGAUGUUCCCAUCAUUGUGAGCGACGCAGAAACGACAGCCACCGGAAUGGAUGAGUCGUCAGAGGAUGAACUGUCUGCUGAUGAAGAAGAAGUUGCUCAACAAAAACGUCCGCCAAUUAAAAGCAAAGGAGAAGUCCUUAUAAACGAAUUGCCCCCAAUUGAGGAUCUGCAAAUCUCGGUACCAGAGAGGGAAUGCAAACCGAUAGGUCACGUCGAAUCUAUCGUAGCCCAGAUCGUCAUUGUGCAGUCCUACGCUGGAGUAGAGCUGUUGGACCUUGAAACGGUCCUCUUCCUGGAGAAAGGCAAACGAGCAUUGGGAAAGAUUUUCGACGUUAUCGGUCAAGUUACGGCUCCCAUGUACUGCGUCUUGUUCAACAAUCGGAACGAUGUCAUCCGCAAGGGAAUAUCCGUUGGGAUGCCGGUAUACUGUGCUCCACAAACUGAGCACACAUCGUUUAUCAUAUUAUCCGAUCUGAUGAAACACAGGGGAUCGGAUGCCAGCUGGCUGGACGAUAACGAAGCCCCGGAUCACGUGCUGGACUAUUCCGAUGACGAACAGGAGCGAAGGGCACGACGGCGACGAGGCAGUUGUUCUUCGAGUGGACGAGUCUCUCCCGAAAUGCAGUAUCAGCCUUACCAACUUCCUACGCAUCACCACAGGCGAGGACAUGGUCGACGGGGUGGGGGUGGUGCCUAUCGUAGUCGAGGAAGGGGUCAUAGCUGGCACAACAAUAUUCCACACCAGCCGGCAGCGCAGCCACAAAGGGUGCUGAAUCCGUUUGCGUUUGUUGCAGGGGUGCCUCCACCGCCACCGCCUCCGCCUCCGGCACCACCAGGAAGUGGUAAUUGAAUGCAUUUCAUCAAUCCUGAAGAGAACUUACGAGAAUGAAGUGUUUUAGUGUUAUGUUUCUAUUUCUAGGAUUUGUUUUAUGAAUUUUAUGGAAUCGAAUAAACAAAGUGGUUUAUGAAUUCUUGAACUAAAAA